AUGUUCUCCCUCCUGUCUAUCCUUCCUUUCGCUCUUGCUGUCUACGCCCAGUCCGACUGUGCGCGUAUUUACACUGUGGUGACGGGCGAUAUAUGUGAUGCCAUUUCAGUGGUGCACAACUCCUCCACCUACCAGCUGGCGGCAGCCAACCCGGAAAUAAACGCCGACUGCUCAAAUCUAUUCCCUGGCGAGACUCUCUGCCUUGGUCUCACAGGCCAGGACUGCACGAGCACCGCCGUUAUCACCAGUGGGGACUCAUGCGCUUCUAUCGCUGCUACGGCUGGCAUUGCUGAUAGCACGUUGUUGGCGAAUAAUCCGAAUGUGAAUGCCGAGUGCACUAACAUCUAUCCAAACGAGGUUUUGUGCACUGCCUCCACCGUGAUUUCUUAUAAUACAACAUCGAGCGCUUGAGGACAGGUCGAUGGUUCGAAUCAGAGAAGCAAAAGGGGAGGAUGAAAUUUUUCGAAUGUGGCGUAUACUUUUGUUUGGGUAGUGAAGCGUGCAUCAAUCAGCAGUGUGGUAUGGUUAACUACGGUUUUCACCUCGAAUGAACGCACAAUGAGCGGAGAUUCCAUACUAUUGAAUGUGAGGGUACAGUAGUAGUGACAGUAAUGCUACAGGACGAUAGGUCGAAAGGGUGCAAUGGGUGAUAUAUGGUACAGUAGCGAAAGCUCGAGUCAAAGACCGAUGUAAAAAGAAAGCAACGAUCAACGUUCAGUCAAUGUUGACCUUCACGCUUCCAACCUCCUCCGCCUUCGGGAUACUGAGAGUCAAGACACCGUCUGCCAGCUUCGCCGAGACUCGAUUCGGAUCUACUGGGCGGGGAAGAUACACAGUGCGGGUGAAUGUCGAGCUACCAGUGAAGGAGCGCUCGACAGAGAGUUGGUUUGGUUGUUGAGUGGUGACUGCUUUUGCGUUCGCAUCUGAAGUGGCGGGGUCAGUAGUCGAUUCAGCGGAAGCAGAGGCAGAGGCGGAAGUGGAAGCGUCCAACUGGGAUGGUUCGCUAUCUCCGCCCCUCCGAAUAAUCUUCCCCUCGAUGGUCACGCUCCUUCCACCAUCCCCAAUCCUGACAUCCACAUCCUCCUUCUUCACCCCCGGCAGCUCCGCCUCCACGAUGUAGUUGCUCCCUUCCUCUGCAACGUCGACUGCAGGACGUGCCUGCAUAGGUGCAUUAAAGAAAGGGUCGUCGAAGACAGAGCGAGGGUGCGGGUAGCUAGAGCGGGAGAUCUGCCGACCGAAUGGCUCGUCGAGCAUCUGGAAGAAGGGGCGGAACUCGCGGAAGAGUUGGCGUGCGAUGGACAUGGUGCUUGGUAUUUCAAGAGUGCGUUUGUGUGUUUGUGAGAGGAGUGAUUGAGAGUUUUGAUGGAGAGAGAUGAGAGAAAAUAC